AUGGGGAUGAGUGGCGCCGAUGUUGCAGCAGAGGCUGCCGACGUCACCACUAGUACGCAGGGCAGAGUUGACAACCUGGAGAGCAAAGUUUCAGGCCUGACGGACGAGGUGCAGCAGCUGACUGGGCUGCUUCGAUCCGCCCUCGGAAAGUUAGAGAAGGAGGGGGAGUCCGGCGGUGCUGGGGUGGGCGCCGUCGUUACGGGCGAUGCGCCCACCCGCGGUACCCAGGAGGGGGCCCCGCAAAACGAGGGAAUCACGCCACCCUCAGACCCGGCGGUUGGGCCGGGUGGCGGACGUGACAGGGGAUCGCUCCCCCAAGGUGAGACAACCGAGACAUAUGGCGGCGGUACCGGUGGUUUUGGCGGAUUCGUCGGAGAAGGAGAUGGUUUUCACCAGAACCUGUAUAGCAAAAUGCGUGUGUCAGUGCACGCGCCGCGUCUCGAAGGCGGCAAGGGAUAUUACUCGUGGAGGAGGGCCUUUAUCCAGGCUGCUAAAACAGUAGACAUGGACGGCCAGUUCGUAGGGGCCACGGAACCCCAGCCGGACGUCGGGGACAUGAACAAACCCAAAGCUACGUUGCUGGCAGAGGGGUACUCCGAGGCGCAGAUCCACCGCAGCCUCCAAGCUUUCCACUUUCUGUCCUCGGCCCUGGUGAGGGAGCCAGACAAGGCCGUCUUCGGGAGAUGUGUGACGCCGAAGCAGGCGUUGGAUGAACUCGACAAGGUGCACAACCCGGAAUCGCAGGUAGCCACACAGGAGUUGCUCAGCAAGUUUCAGAACUUCGCAAUGCCGGCCGACAAAAACCCGACUGAAUCGCUUAUCGCCAUGGAGCAACUCGCAAGUCGUCUGAACGAGAGAGGGGUCAGGGUCGAGGCUUCUUACGUGCUGUCGCUCUUCCUUUCGGCCCUACCGGCCGAGUACGACCAUGCCAAACUGACUCUGCAGUCCGCACCGACUCUGGACCGGGGAGAGGUCAUCAGAGUGGUGGGCUCCCAGCACUCCAGCAUCAAGCAGGGGAAGAGCCAUCGGAACAGCAACCGCAACAAUCACAAGGCGUCUGAGCAGGGAUUACUCCGGCAACGGCAACGGCAACGGCGGUGGAGACGGCAGCCCCACGGCGGCCGUCGUAGGGGCCGGUGCUACCGGUGCAAGAGGCGAGGGCACCAGUCGUUCUCGUGCACUACCCCCAUCGCCGACUUCAUGACCCAGUGCGAGAACUGCGACGGGUAUGGACACGAUAAGAGCAAGUGCCCGUCGGCGAAGGACGAGGAGGAGGCGAAGGGCGAGACGGCGGUCAUGGCGGUUGCGGUGGCGAGCGAUGACGAGGAGCUGGAUGUGGCACGUGAGGCCUUGUAAGAAGAGGCGGGGGAAAGACACAAUAUCCGCGCUGGUCACUACGCGCGCACCAUCCACACACAGCAGCAGUAGGAGAUGGUGAAGAUAGCACCAUUGCAACAGCGUGGAAGGGUGGAGACACAGAAAACCGGCCGCAAGGCCGUGUGCCCCAUGGCCGCGACGGAAGGGGCGUGGGGGGGGCAAUAUUGAGAAGGAUACGGCGAGAUGGCCGUGCGCCCAUAGCCGCGACGGGAGGGGCGUGGGGGGGCAACAUUCAGAGAACACGGCGGUAGGGCCGUGUGCCCACAGCCGCGACGGGAGGGGCGCGGGAGGGCAACAACUAAAUAACACGGCGGUAGGGCCGUGCGCUCGCAGCCGCGACAGGAGGGGCGCGGGAGGGCAACAACCAAAUGACACGGUGGGAGGGCCGUGUGCUCGCAGCUGCGACGGGAGGGGCGCGGGAGGGCGACAAUCAAUGCAGCCCCAUAGCGCGUCGGGAGGGCGUGGGGGGGAGGCAAACAUUAGCCCCAUGGCGCGUCGGACGGAGCGUGAGGGGGAGAGAAAAUCGAAGCAGCCCCGUGGCGCAUCGGAAGGGGCGAGAGCGGGAACCCCGCGGCACGUCGGAAGGCGCGUGGGGGUAGGGUACUUGCAUCGUGGUGCUAAAACGGGAACUCCUUUUGUGGCGAGGCUACAAGCCGGGACGAGCUCUGGGAGGGGGGGACCACGCAUCACAGCGCUGGAUUGUGGCACUUCUUUCUUGACGGUAUUUGGUGUUUGAUGAUAUUCGUAGAGAAGUUGGUAAAUCCUCGUGAGUUGUCAUGACUGUACUUUGGUUGAAGAGCCAGGGAGGGUGUUCCGUGUUUCUCGUAGGCGUUCGCGCCCACAUGUUCAGUAUUUCCUGAUAGUCAUUCGGUUGAGACCCUCAUUGAUUGCGGCUACGUGGUGCCGUUCUCUAGGCUGCGCAAUGUGCAGAAAUAUGGGAUACUGUUGGAACCGCUGAAGGAACGUAGGAGGAAAAAAUGGGACACCAGUGUUGUACUCCACGAGAAUAGAGGAUUGCCGAAAAAAUGCAUGCCGGUUAUGUGUCGCUCAUCAAAUGUUGGAUGAUUGCCUUCCGCCCCGGUGCGCUGUAUUUCAUAAGCGAGGGGGGGCGAUUUCGAUGUUUGUCUGAUGUUUGUUUGAAGAACAAACAGUAGUGCAGCCGCAUUGUAGUUGUUUGAACCAACUCCUCAGGAUAGUCUUGCACUUUUACUGCUUGCCAAGCGUUGGGAUAGGGCGUUUGAUGGAACGGUGAAUAUUGGUGGGGGUUUGACCCGGAGGCCGGGUUUCCCCCUGUUGUUUUGUUUUCGUUGGUCUUUUGUCCGUUUGGUUUUUUGGCCACAUCCGGCGUGUGAAUGCCCACUUAGUGGUUAGUUACUAGCGUAAAGAACCAGGGAG